AUGGUGCUCGAGGGUGGGCUGCCGGCGCCGCUGCAACUGUACGCGGCGGCGGCGGCGCAGCUCGCGCCCCGCCCGCCCUGGCCGCCCUUCCUGCCCUUCUUCGGAGUACCUCCGCCGUUCCUUACCAGGCCGAGGCUCCCACAUCCGAUGCCCACUAGGGCUCCCCAUGGACCCCCGAGCGAAGACUCUAAUGAAGACGGCGCUAGCAGCAAAGGUGGCGUAUGCGACGAUGACGGUGACAGCGGUAAAAGAAGACGAUCUAGAACAAACUUCAACUCCUGGCAACUUGAGGAGCUGGAAAGGGCGUUCCUCGCGUCGCAUUACCCGGACGUGUUCAUGAGGGAGGCGCUCGCUAUGAGGCUGGAUCUUAAGGAGAGCAGAGUGGCGGUUUGGUUCCAAAACCGUCGAGCGAAGUGGCGGAAGAAGGAGCAUACGAAGAAAGGACCUGGUCGGCCGGCUCACAACGCUCAUCCACAAUCCUGUUCAGGAGAGCCCAUCCCUCUACACGAACUGAGGGCCAGGGAGAGGGCGAGAAGAAGAAAGAAGUUGGCAAAAGCAUUAGAGAGACAAGCGAGGAAACUACGAGCCAAGGGCAUAGCUGUGGACCUCGAGGCUUUGAAGGCAGAAUACCUCGCACAACACAAAAACACCGGACUGUACUCCGAUUCCGACGGAGAUGGAGAAGAAUGCAUGAUAGACGUCGUAGGAGGAGACUCCUGUCACGAUUCAGGUCCUGAAGACUUCUCCCUGUCCGGCCGACUGAGAGCUCCUUCGGGCGCAGACGGCAUGAACAACUCAGAUAGUUCAACGUCAGACGCCAAUUCUGGGAGAAAUUUCAGUCCCAUACCUGACCCACAACCUUCCUUCUUCAAACAGUUCGCUGCUACGAGUAACUUCGACAAAUUUGACUUUGACUCAGGACGAGCCGUCUCUUUAGACCUUAGCGGUGGAGGGACAGCAACGGAACAGGAUUUAUCCAAAAACGGUGGAACAAGAAAACACAAUCCGUUCAGUAUAGAGUCCCUUCUCAACACGUGA